AUGAAGACCUAUGAGAAGACCAAGCCCGCAUAUUCCGAGAUAGAGGUCCAGUCGCAGGGAUUACGUGACCUGCUUAGGAGCGUCAUCGGAGAUUAUCCUGGUCAAAGCUUCGACGGCACGAGUGUUUAUAUACCCGGUCCUUUCCAGGCUGUGGUGCACUAUUGGGAAGAGCUGAGGGCCGAGAUAGAACCGAAGGAGGGGGACAGCGAGGAGACAAAGCAGGCCCGCGAAGACCUGAAUGAGAUGAUGAAUUCUAUCCGUGCCUCGACUGAACUAGAGUCCUACUUCAAGACCCGCGAAUCAAACAUGGAAUCAGGCGUCAUCACUUACGAGUUCCUCUGGACCAUCUUUCGACCAAAGACCAAAGUCUUCGCGAGGCCUUUCUUGAAUAUCCCGCAGAUAUUCGAGGUUCCAUACUCUCCCGACCCCUAUGAGCGACGGAGAGUUUCGAUCCCGUGUUGGUGCUACGAUUACAACGGCAAGUCGCAGGUCAAAACUUUUUACGAGUUCGAUAUUGAGCAUUUCCGUGGCACCAAGGAUAUCAGCAGCCUCUUCUGCUAUCCGAUCAAUUAUCUCAAAGAGGAAGACGGCCAGCUGGAAGAGCUCCAGGAGAGACUAAGAAAAAGAGGCGAAAAGUUUAUCGAAUUGUGCACUGUCGAGAAAGGCUCGAAGCAGAUGUCUGAAUAUAAUGACAUUGUCUUACUCGCCAGCGGUAGCCUGUCGAGAUCGCUGGUCCAAGAUGGUGAUGACAACCGCACGCUACGUUCUUCGCAGGAAGACGAGUUCUCCGAGCAGAAUAUUCCCGCGACACCGAAGGAAGACAAUAAUGUAAAGACCGUGGCUGUCAAAGGCAAAUUCAUCGUUGACGCAGGUGCCUUCUUGCAGCACGGAUCCCGUUAUGGCUCAUAUCCCCUGGGAAAAUACACUAGCGUGGAUGUGGAAGAUCCCAAUGAAAAACCAGACAGUUAUGACGUCGUUAGCAUAGAACAGGAAAGGGACAAAUUCCUUCUGUGCCCUCCUCGGGUCCUAGGCUACUCAACCCAGCAAAAGAUUUGGGGCCAGUUUAAAGUCGACGCAGUGCGACGAGUUGAGCCGGUGAAGAUCAAGACGGCAUUCGACACAGAUCUGCAGUUGCACCAGGAAUAUAAAGACAUGAUCAAGGCGCUGGUGGAGAACCACACCAAGACAAAUGAUUCCAAAACUGACCGCAAAGACAUGGAUGUGAUCGAGGGCAAGGGUCGCGGUCUCGUCAUUCUCCUUCAUGGCCCUCCAGGCGUAGGAAAGACCUUGACGGCAGAGACCAUCGCUGAAGCGACCGGAAAGCCGCUUCUGGUUGUCAGUGUGGCUGAAAUUGGACUCAAUGCCUCCAAGGCAGAAAAUAACCUCGAGCGCAUGUUUCACCUUGCUGGGGCAUGGGAGGCCAUUCUCCUGGUGGAUGAGGCAGACGUUUUCCUCGAGUCUCGUAUGAGCACUGGUGAUCCGAACCGGAACGCUCUCGUCUCCGUCUUGCUUCGUGUGCUUGAGUACUACGAGGGAAUCAUGAUCUUGACAACGAAUCGAAUCACCUCGCUAGAUAUCGCAGUGCAGUCGCGUAUCCACCUCGCUAUCCGCUAUGAAGAUCUCACCAAAGCGCAGAAGAGGCAGGUCUUCAGCAGCUUCCUGAAUAAGCUCCAAGAUAAGGACAAGAGCAUUAUCUCGCCUUCUAACCGAGCAAACAUCGACGAUUGGGUCGAAGAGAUCGGCUCUGAGCAAAAGCUUAACGGCCGCCAGAUCCGAAACCUGGUAAACAGCGCCCACGCGCUCGCGUGCAGCAACGGACAGGGUGGAAGCUUGCGGAAAGAUCACUUCAAGAAGGUUUUGUCGAUUACUAGGGAGUUCCAGGAGCAGCUGGAAGGGUUAACCAGAGACCGUCGGGCAGAUAACGAGGUAGACCGACGCACGAGGUAA